UAAGGAUAAAUUGAGGAUUAAAAGCACUAGAAUUGUAUAGAAAAAUGUCUCUUGAUAGAUCUUUGCGAAAAAAAAUGGAAGAAAAAGCCCGUUCUAAUCCUACAUUUGAGUUGGAUGCAAGAAACUGGAUUGAAGAUGUUAUUAAUGAGAAACUUGAUUCUACUAAGGAUUUGAUUGAUAAUUUACAUGAUGGUGUUAUUUUGUGCAAAGUUGCAAAUGCUAUCGGACCAUGUCAGAUUCGAUACAAGGCUUCAAAUAUGCCAUUCGUUAAGAUGGAAAAUAUUGCUGCCUUCCUUGAAUUCGUUCAAAAACUUGGUGUUCCUAAUUAUGACUUAUUUCAAACCAUUGACUUAUAUGAACGAAAAAAUACUUAUCAAGUCAUUCAAUGUAUUCAUUCAUUAUCUCGUUAUGCUGUUCAAAAUCUUGGUUUUCAUGUACCUGCUUUAGGUCCAAAACUUGCUACUAGUAGAAAAAUUCAUUUUACUGAAAAACAGCUUAACGAGGCUAAAAAUAUGACUAAUACUCGUCAAUAUGGAUAUGUUGCCGGACUAAAUUAAUUCUAUUUAACUAAUUUAACAUAUACAAAUCUUUUUUUUU